AGGUCGGAAAUUUUCUCUUCAUGGCAGACCCCCUCAGCGCCGCGGGGCUUGUUCUCGCCACUCUGACGCUUCCUGCUCAAGCAUUCAGCAGCUGUGUACUGGCGUAUAACACUAUUUCGGACAUUGGUGCGACAGGGAAGCAACUAAGCACUACCUUUUGGCUAUUCAAACUACAACUUACGCGUUUUCUGGUCUGGGGACAGAAUUCCGACAUCUACCGUGAUGGGGUAACUCCCGAGAAACUGUCUCAACCUGUUUACGAAAUGGUUGUCUCCACCUUGAUGCAAAUAACGGAUUUGCUUCAGGAUGUGAGCAAGCUCCGAAGCUACUAUGGACUUCUGCGAAUACCUGAGCCUAAUAUGGACGAAUCAAGGAUAUCUAGACGGGAGAUCAACAGACAAGCGACUUUAGUUUUCCGAGUCCAAAAGAGUUGUUCGCUAUUCCGCAGGCUGAAAUGGGCAGUUCAUGAUAACGUCCGAUUCGCGAGCCUGGUCCAGCAGCUCACUCAAUUCAAUGAUGCCCUCUACCAGUUCUCCCCUCUCAUCCAAGGUUCUUCGCAAACUGCAGCUGUUGACGCUGAAGCAUUAGCCCUCGCCAUUGUCAAUGAUGGUUGGCAGGGCGUCCAGGCUCUACAGCAAGCCUUGGCCACCACCCAGCACCCAGCACCUAGCGGUCUACAGACACUGGGAAACGGCGAGCUGGCAUCUUUAUCGGCAGCAUUCAUUCGUGGAACACAGGUCUCUGCUGCUGAAAGUGGGCCAAAUCCGCCUCUAGCUCAAUUCACACCAGCCAGAAACCUGUACAUGGACUACCGUCGAUUCCAAAUUCUUGGACUAAAAAAUGAUACACCGCAGCGACGCUCCUGGGCUCAAUUGCCAGGUUACCCUGGGCACGGCCCAACCCAAGUAGUACUCGAAUGGCGACCAUACAAUCCCCGCACAGUGUCUGGACCCUUCAAAAACGCCUUGCAGCUCCGAGUGGAGGCUCUAACCAGAAUGCUUCAAGAGGGUCCAAAACCACCGGGCUUUCGGAUCCUCGACUGCCUUGGCUAUUUGGAGGACAACUCCAGUGCAAGGUUUGGGAUUGUCUUUCGCUACCCUCAGCCACACAUGCAGGAACAAGGCUCCUAUGUGCCAAAGACACUCUUCCAAAUCAUCCACCAACAAAAUUUUCCAUACCUUGGGGAUCGAUUCAAAUUGGCAGGCUUCCUCUCAGAGUCCCUUUAUGAACUUCAUGCUAGCCGUUGGUUGCACAAGAGCAUUAACUCUCAUAAUGUGCUCUUUUUCCACCAGCCUAAUACCGGGAAUUCCCACACACAGGAACAAAGCACGAAUCCAGCCCUACCCUUACCUCUAGCUCAUCCUUUCUUUACUGGCUUUGCUUUGGCCCGGCCGGAUGACCCUGGAGCCCAAUCAGACAACAUGUUUCCAGACUUAGACACUGGUAUCUACCGCCACCCAGAUGUUCAAGGUCUUGCAGGAGCACCAAUCUCUCCAUACCACAGCAUUUAUGAUAUCUAUAGCUUAGGAGCCAUUCUCCUGGAGAUUGGGACAUGGUGCACACUAAAGAGCUUCUACCAGCAUGGGCAGAAUGGGAAUGCUUUUCGCGAACGUCUCUUGGAGAGAAAGGUCUCUCUUCUUGGAGUGUCAAUGGGGCAAAAGUAUAUGGACGCUGUACGAAAAUGCCUUAGUGGAAGUUUUGAUGGUAUGCAACAAUUUCAAGACCACGAGCGGGACACUCCAGAUUACGUUGUCAAUCUUCAUCGUAGCUUCUAUUGGGAAGUCGUGAAGGUAUUGAAAGAAUGUCGCCUCUAGCUUAGCAUAGAACAUAACUUCAUACAUUUGGAGCUUUGCUCACGAG